AGUGAUAUUUCGCAAAGGUCAGAUUUUUAGGAGCCAGCCAUAACAUGGGCUCACGGUUUUAGGACCGACCAUAAGAACAUGGCCAAAUCAACCAAAGCAAUCGGCCGCAAGGGUACCGGUACUGCUUCACUUCGAAGGCCCCUGGUAGGCCAGGCCAUCUUGCUCAAGGGUGGGACAGGUUCCAAACGCCAGUACAACCAGAAGAAAGCAUGUGUCCUCCAAUAUCCGAAACAAGGCUGUUGGAUGACCGUGCGGAUGUAUCGUGACAACACGGCCUCCAGUACAAACAAUCCAAUAGAUUUGAAGUGGCGAAAAGGAGGCUUUGAAGGAGGAGCACCUAGGAAAGAAGAUCCGCUCAAAAUUCUGGAUGAUGAAACUCUGAAACUCGUGUUGUCGUUCCUCAUUCAGCCGGUCGAAAGAGAAACAGAGAAUCCGAUUACUAGUACUUUGUGGCUUCGAAAUGUGGUAGGACGGAUCCAUGGCCAGGUUCGAGCCGUGAACCAGAAUUGGAAGAACUCCAUUGAUCGCAUUCUUCCUGAUUUCCUUGGUCCAGUACACGUUAAUUUUGGUUUUGCCUACGGCCAUCCCCAUUGGGUUCCUCCGCUGGCCCGCUGGUUGAAGAACUACAGGGUCCAGAUAGAGACCCUGGAUUUGGGUUAUGUAGACUUGGGAGACUUUCCAUUUCUUAGCCAGGUCAUCCGAGAAUGUCACACAGAACACACAACAAAACUAAUUGCCAAGCGUUGUAACAUGAGCCGUGCGAUGAGGUCCAAUUGGUCAUCAUACUUUUCAUCACACAGAAAAAGGAACUUUAUUGACCUCACUACGGAUGGCAAUAGCACGGGAGUUGUAAGCGUCCAACACGGGCAAAAGGAACUCUUCGAGACUGUUGCGAAGAAUUGUCCCAGACUCAAAGAUCUAUCCAUCACUGUUACGUUGCCAACCGCCAGGCGCAACUACGAUGAUUUCACUGGAACCUCCCUGUUCGCCUUGGAAUCAAUUGAAUCACUAUCGAUCUCAUUGGGAUGUUUUACAGCGGACAGAGAGGCGGAUUCCAACGUGGUCACUAAGCUGAUACACAAGCUCCCAGGGCUACGUUCUUUGACUUUGUCGUGUCCAAACUCAGUCCGAAACUGGCGCUUUCACAUUCAGUCACUAUCGUUAGAGGUCAUCGAUACAACUGGCCUCGGAAAACACACGUAUGUAUCUUGCGACUGCCCUCAGCUCCGAACUUUUAGCUGCGUGGGAGGAGUUUAUGGCAAUGGGACUGUGCCGAAACUGACAGAGGAUCAGCACGAGAGCAUCUUUGCGACAAUGAACAAUGCUGCUAAUGUUGUGUUGCUAGCUGGGGAAUUUCCUUGUCCCUAUUUGAGUGUCCCCAAUUCAUGCGAAGUGAGACUGAAGGAAAGACUUUGCGGUUUUCAUUCCUUUGAAUGGUACUCGGGGGCCUGGAGUUCGUGUGUGAAUGCGAGAUUCAACCCCAUGUGACGAGAAAAUACCGAGAUGAGAAACUCUGCUUUGUGGAAGUCAGGAGGCAGAUACCGGUAGGCUCCUGAGAACGUAUGCUGGUCUUUUUCGGAGGACUUCUAGAAUGCAUGUAGUAGUACGAGUAUGACACAGUAGUGCAGUCUAUACCGGUAGGGACCGAGCUGGUCCAACGAGAGAUAGAUCUGCUACUUUGAGCAAGUGGUCCAG